GUCACAUGACCAGUUGCACAGCUGAGGGAUGCCGAGGCUUGCCCGUUGCUAGCCAGCUAGCCCGGUUAGCUGUGUCUAGCGAUUCUGGCAGAAUCGGGUGGAUUUUAUUCUUCAUUUUCUUAUCAAAUCCAAUCCAGUGGCCCGAACUGCCUGUCAUGGGGAGGGUACACUGCAUGUGGUCGUCGUCUGUACCCGCUCGUAAUGGCAGCUUUUGCUCAGGCUUCACAGUCAUAAAUCGUAGCUAGGGCUGUCCAGUUAGCUCAAGGCCAAUCGAAGAAAAGGCAGGCCGUCGGGUGGAUCAGAGAAGUUUGAGGGAUCGAAUCUUUCAAAUCCAGUUCAGGAUCAGUUCUUCAUUUGAAGCCAGCGCCGGCCUCUGCCAGUAUUUUCAUCACUUUCAACCCCCAGAUGAACCAUGUCUUCGUCAGGGUGCUGCCAGCUCCCCGGAUCCCUUUGCGAUUAUUCUGAGAACACUGAGCCCGAUGCCUCUAAGCAUGCAGAAGAGUCUGAUUCUACUACACAGGCCCAGUAUGUUGCCAAGGUUACAGCUAAAGAUGGCCGCCCACUCUCCACCGUCGUCAAAGCUGUGAGCUUGCAGAGCGAUGUGGGGAUGUGUCGGAUCUGUCAUGAGGGAGCCGGAGGGGAGACGCUGCUCUCGCCCUGCGACUGCACUGGUACUCUGGGAAAAGUGCACAAGAGCUGCCUGGAAAAGUGGCUGUCGUCCUCUAACACCAGCUACUGUGAACUUUGUCACACAGAGUUCACCAUUGAAAGGAGACCACAACCAUUGACACAGUGGCUGAAGGACCCCGGCCCUCGCAGUGAGAAGCGCACAUUGCUGUGUGACAUGGCCUGCUUCCUUCUCAUCACGCCCCUGGCGGCUAUCUCCGGGUGGUUGUGUCUCCGGGGGGCCCAGGACCAUCUGCAGCUGAAAAGCAGACUGGAGGCUGUUGGACUUAUUGCCCUAACCAUCGCCCUCUUCACCAUCUACAUCCUCUGGACACUGGUGUCGUUUCGGUAUCAUUGUCAGUUGUAUUCGGAGUGGAGGAGGACCAAUCAGAAGGUUCGCCUGCUCAUGCCCGACAUGAAGGGGGCGCACACCACCCAGCGUUCGGUGCCGACCAAGUCGACCAAGAAAAUGACUGACGAGACCAUCGUAUGAGUGCCGGGCAGUGGCGAGGGAAAUAAUGCAAAUCAAGCUCUCACAAGCACUCUAAAAACAAGAUUAAUCAUAGUAAUACUGAACUUUUGCACUUCAUACGGACGAUCCCGAAGGGAAAGAGAUGCUUUCUCCUCAUGAUUCUUUGUUACAGCACUUGAUUAAAAAAAAACAACAAUGAAAAAAACAAAAACAAAACUACGUUAUUGGCAGCCCACAAAAGUGGGUUUGGGAGGAACUCAUUACAGAGUGGUGUUAGAUUAAAAACUGUGUAUUCACCAGUGCUGGGAUGUGAACGAACUGACACUCAGAGAAUGCACUAACCAGCCUGACAUUUUAUGUCAGUGGCAGAAACUUAUAAAAAACUAAGACACAAGCUAAUGUAGCAGGAUAUAACUGAUUCAGCAUGCUACUACAGUAUAAUAAGAGACAUAUUCACUACCUAUAAUUCCCCUAUUAUGCCCCCUGCACAAUGUAUUUAGCUGGUUUUAAACCGUGGACGAACAGUAGUUCUGCAAAUGGAUAGGAACCUAAGAAGAUUGACAAAGUCUAGCUGUGAAUACUCCUUUUUUUUGUGUUUGUUUGUUUGUUUGACAAGUAGAGGGCGACUGUCACCUCUACCAUUGUCCCUGUCUAUAAUCUGAAGCUUUUUACGUUUGCAGGUACAGCUUUUACAUUGCUUUCUGUAGAGGGAAUAUUAAACCAUGCUCCUCCUUGGUCAGUAAAGGGAGACGCGUUGCAUCAGUCACACAUGUCAAGAGGGGUGGGAGGGGCUCCUGGGAAUCGUAGUUCCUAAAACGUCACUAACUCGCUCUGAAAAAGUGUUGAAGGCAUGAAAAGCUUUUACAUUCUAAUUGGAUGAUGUUUCUCUUCUGUUAUCAUAAAAGUGCAUUAGGAAAUAGCCUCACUCCACGUGUAAAUGCAUCACUUAUGAGCUGAGCUGAAUACAAACGGUCUGUGGUGAUGUCUUAUAAACCACAAGAAAUCCAGUUUAAAAAUAACAGCGAUCAUGUUUAGAUUGAAGGCAUUGGGGAAAUGGCAGACAUGUGAUUUGAGACCAGUUUGGGGCUCAGCAAAAUGCAAAAGAGAAAUGUGCUAUGAGAUGUCAAUCAAUGUAUACUAAAAGUAUUUUUGUGUUACUGUAGUCUUCCUGCUUCAUCCCCCUGGAAAGUUGGGUUAUUGUGCAAUAAAACAUGAGGGACUCCUGGA